AGAAAAACAGAGACUGACUUGAAAAAAAUAUCAAAAUAAGCACACGUAUAUUUGGCGUUACAUUUAGUGACUUUUUAGAAUUUUCAUUCUAUUGAAAGUAUUUGUGUACACCUUGCAAUCAUUAAAAUGACAAAAUACGCUUAUUGGACGACCGUGAUCUUUGCAGUAGCCAUCACUUUUUUAUUUGGAUUAAUAAUCGAAGCCACAGCGACGAUAGCUCAACCAAAGGCACCUAAUUUUCAGUAUUUUGAACGGCCUAAAUAUCGCUAUCCAUAUUAUGAUGAAAAUGGUAGAGGAAAAUUACUCUAUGGCUAUGGAGGACCAGAAUUAUAUCAAUACAAAACUUAUAGUGGUCUCGAAGGUAUUCAUUAAAAUUAAAACAACAAAGAGCAUUAAAUUAUAAAUUAUAUACGAACAAAUUAAAAAUUAAUGAUCGUUCGUGAAAUGAUGUGACAUAAUACAUAGACGAUUUUGUUUCCGAUUACAAGAAAAUAAUUGUAUUUCAUAUUAUAAUAAUUAUUAAGUUAUAAUAACAUAUUAUACACAUUUUCAAUUUUUUAUCAUAAUUAUAUUUUUUCUUGUCAUCAGAAACAUAUCGAAUUAUGUUAUGGAAUUAAAGAACAUUACAAGAUUGUUUAUUCUUUUAAUUAUAACCAAUUGUAUUUUUAAAUGCAAUCGAUCGAUAUGCUUAAUUAUGUCGUAAAUAUAUGUUUCUUCUUCACGGAUUAUUAUUUUUAUUAUUAGACACUGCGAUCUAUAAUUAUCGCGAAAAAAACGAAUAAAUAUAUUUAUCUUAAGAGAUAAAUAUUUUCAUUAAUGAUAUUUAUCAAUAAGAUGAAUGAAAAAAUGUGUUAUAUAUUAGAAUAUUAUGAUUAAUCAAGACAAAAAUUACUAUAAAUACGAUUACGAGUAAUAUUAUUAAAAUCGAUCGUCUACGAAAAAUUAGUGGAAUGUGCAUAGCAUUUCUAGAAUCUAUGACAUGUCUAAUACAAUCAUUGUAAGGACGAGAAAUGGUUAAAUUCUAAGUCUAAAAAUCUGAUAUCAUACAUCAGAAAAGUCAGAAAAAUUUGCAAAGAUUAAAAAACGCAGUCAUUUUAAAUCUUAAAUGCGCUUGAUUAGAUGCACAAAUGUUUGUUUCGUGAUAAGUGCAUAUACAAGUUUACAAGUAUAUAAGCAUAAUCGAGUAUAUCGAGAUAAUGUUGAUAAAUCAAUCUACUACCCGCAUAAUGUGUGUUGGGUAUUUUAUUCCAAAUGAUCCUUGUCCGCCUUAUCUUCGGCAGACUGUAACUGUCAUACAAAAUCCAUCUCAGAUUUAUUAUAAUAUUGUGUACCUGCUCGCCGUCUAAAUAGUUGUCUCUCUAUAAAUUUCUUUAUCUCGCUAAUUAUAAAAACACUUGAUGUGAGUGCGACGAGAAACAAGAUAUCUAUCAAAAUUAUAGAAAGAAAUAUUUUAAAAAUUCGAAUUUAAAAAUAACAAAUUUUAAAGAUUUAUCUUAAUAAAAUACAUACCUAUAGCUGAAAGAGCUUCAGUUUGAAAAACUCGUUGUAAUGGUGGAAAAUAAAUCACUAACAUUUGUCCUAUUACUGAUAAUGCUACGGCUACCAGGAACAUUUUGUUACUCCAUAAACCAAUAGUAAAUAUUGAUUUGGUCUAAAAUGUUAGAAUUAUAUUUAAUAAAUAAAAAAUAUAUAUUAUAA